UAAAUUGCGGUUGUAGACGUAUAUGUGGUCGUAUAGCAUUUAUCAUGAUUGCAGAUGUAAUAGAUUCUAUAUAGUGGUCAAUUAUGGUGAACAUCAAUGAUGAAUAUCUAAAGAACGAGAUAGUGGUGAAUCGAAAGGAGAGUUCACAUUGAACAAGCUUAUUCCAGACAUAAUCACAUGUAUUAGGUUCCAAAAGGGUGGUGAAUUGAAACUCUUUUCUCUGAUAACGUUUCUCUUUAGUUAAACCCAUUGUUGUGUUCUGUUGCUUGUAGCUUCUGCUAAAUGGAUUCAUUAGUUUAAUGAUUUUACUUUAACUCUCUUUUGAACUGUUACUCUUUUACCUAUUCCAUUUGUCAGUACUUUUUUAAGUUUUAAGCACUGUAUCAAUUGAACCAAAAUUGUUCACUAGACGAGACUAUUCGUAUUCGAAUUAGAUUUGGACAGAAUUUUUGUAAUUAAUUUCUAGUAUUUAAUUUUUUAAAAUAAUUAUAUGAACUUUGAGUUUGGUCCGGAUUUGACCCAAAUCGAAUUUGAGCAAGCAAAAUUUAAAAAAAAAAAAAAAAGAGGGACCACGGGUGGGACCAUUUACAGGUUUAUGUACCAAUAUUCUAAGAAAAUAUCUUUAUAGUUAACAGAAUAUUGGUACUUUUAUUUCUCUUUAGAACUUUUUGCAAUGAGCAUAGUUAAUCUUCAUGCUUUCUUCAACACUGAGUUUUAGAAAAAUGAAAAUUUUUUUUGUUGUAAACUUUCUCAAAUUAGUUAAAAAGUAGCUUCAAUCUACGAAAGGAGGAAAAGAAUAUAAAAAAGUUUCAUAAGGCCUUUUAUUGAUGCCUUAGAAAAUAUGGAAUAGUGUCUUUUUCCUCGAAUAAUUUAGCCAAUGGGGCUUGCAUAAGUCAAAGGUCAGAGUGAGUUUCUUACUGCUGCAUGCCACAACCUUGCUUGUUAUGUUAUGUGGCAAAUGAACUUAAGAUCCAGUGAAACAAUGGAAUCUGGUUACUACCCAGAGCGUCCUGGGGAACCAGAUUGUUCUUAUUAUAUUAGGACGGGCCUGUGUAGAUUUGGAGCUACAUGUCGUUUUAAUCAUCCUCCUAACAGAAAGCUGGCUAUUGCCGCUGCUAGAAUGAAAGGAGAGUUUCCAGAAAGAGUAGGACAACCUGAAUGUCAGUACUACCUGAAAACAGGAACUUGCAAAUUUGGAGCUACAUGCAAGUUUCAUCAUCCUAGAGAACAAGCAGGGAUAGCUGGGAGAGUUUCCUUAAAUAUUUUGGGCUAUCCUUUUCGCCCGAAUGAGACUGAGUGUGCUUAUUAUCUAAGAACCGGACAAUGCAAGUUUGGGAGCACUUGUAAAUUCCAUCAUCCUCAGCCAACUAAUAUGAUGAUUUCAUUGCGUGGCUCUCCUAUUUACCCAACUGUCGCUUCUCCAACCACUCCUGGUCAGCAGUCAUAUCCAGGAGGGAUUACAAAUUGGUCAAGAGCAUCUUUCAUUCCUAGCCCCCGCUGGCAAGGUCCUUCAAGUUAUGCACCUCUGAUUUUACCCCAAGGGAUGGUAUCAGUUCCAGGGUGGAAUGCUUACAGCGCAUCAGUCUCUUCUUCAGAGAACCUGCAGCAGACAAAUGGAAAUAAUCAAAUCUAUGGAACCUCAAACCAGAAUGAAUCGGUGACUGGAGGAUCUCAAGCAUCCUUUUCUCAAUUUCGUUCUGGGUCUGUCCCUAUAGGCUUUUAUGCAUUGCCGAGGGAGAAUGUAUUUCCUGAGAGACCUGGCCAGCCCGAAUGCCAAUUUUACAUGAAGACCGGAGAUUGUAAAUUUGGAGCAGUUUGUAGGUUUCAUCACCCACGAGAGAGAGUUCCUCCUGCCCCUGAUUGUUUGUUGAGUCCAAUAGGCCUCCCUUUACGUCCGGGAGAACCUUUAUGCGAUUUCUAUUCUCGAUAUGGAAUCUGCAAGUUUGGUUCAAGUUGCAAGUUUAACCAUCCUAUGGGAAUUUUCACGUACAAUUACUCCAUAUCAUCUCCAUCCGGUGCCCCUGUACACCAUUUCUUGGGGUCUUCUUCAGGAACUUCUGGGUUAAACCUGUCGUCGGAGGGGCUUGUUGAAUCAGGCUCUACAAAGCCCAGGCGAAUUUCGCUUUCAGAGAAUAGGCAAUUGUCUUCUAGUGAUGAAAAUAUUGAUGCAGAGGGAUAAACACUGCAACAUGAUAGGAGCUGAUUACAGUUGACAAUCUUUUAGUUGAUGAGGCAGAGUAAUCUAUAAAUUUAUUUCCCAUUGUUGGAGAUGUUCACAGUUAAUGUCAAGUUGAUUAUGUUCUUUUAAAAUACACAAUUCAGUUGACAGUUGUGUCAUCUGAAUUUCUUGUAUAAAUCUGAAAAUGAUUCCACAUUUGGUAAAACCUGGUGAACAGUUCAUCUGUCCCGAAACUCCUUUUACUUUCUAUUUUUUUUUUUUUUGUGUUAUGUUUCUUUCACAGUAUGGUAUACGAGGCAUUGCUUUUGCAGUUUUUAA